GUGCRAGGCUGCUAAUUCCUACCUCUUGUGUUAUACCUUUCCUUUAUGCUUUUUCCUUUUUUUUCUUUUUUUUUAACGGAGCUUUUAUAGUUGUUUAAGAUCAGAGCAGGCACCUGUCAGCUGCUUUUCUCUUCCCUUCUGCUCUCUGCUGUUGCCUCGUGCAAGAUGGAGCUAGAAAACGAGAUGAUCAGCUCCUCCAGCAAUUCUUCAGCAGGCUCCAGAGAGUACAAGGUGGUGAUGCUGGGAGCGGGGGGAGUUGGCAAAAGCGCAAUGACGAUGCAGUUCAUAAGCCAUCGGUUCCCUGACUACCAUGAUCCAACUAUAGAGGAUGCCUAUAAAACUCAAGUCCGAAUUGAUGAUGARCCAGCUUAUUUGGACAUUCUAGACACUGCUGGACAGGUCUCAACUGAAGAAGGAAUGAGCUUAGCCAGAGAAUACUCCUGCUCCUUUUUUGAGACUUCAGCUGCCCUCCGUUUCUACAUUGAUGAUGUCUUUCAUGGACUAGUCAGGGAAAUCCGAAGGAAAGAGUCCUCACUGCCCAUGGCAGAGAAGAAGAUGAAGAGGAAGGAUAGUCUUUGGCGGAAACUGAAAGGGUCGCUGAAGAAGAAAAGGGAGAGUACAACUUGAUGGUAUUUUCCUGUGAGCUUACCCUCAGGAGCUGACCACAGUAACCUGCAACAGUUCAAAAAGGCAGCAUUGACACAGCAUCUUCCAGACCAGGUCCUGGAGUUCUUUUCCAUCAGCCCUCAUGCAGAAAUAGCUCCCUGAAGGCCCAUUUCACGGUUGCCCUGUCGCUCCUCUGUAUUAUAAAGUCACUUAGCAUACCUUCUCAUCCCUUUUCUCCAAAUAUGAGUGGAGAAAAUAUUUUUUCAUUGUAGUCCUUGGCUGGUCUUCAAAUGCUAGGAGUUAAGCUAGCACCCAGGGCAGAACCAGCUUGCACCAGCUCUAGAACAAAGGAUGCUCUCAUUGCCUCCUCUCUCUCAUGCAUGAAUUAUUUCAGCAUCCCAGGAAUGAGCACUAUUGAUUUUCACUGGAAAUGUUGGCAGUUUGAGGACUUUAGAAUUUGACUUUCAGCUUUGCAUUCAUUUGUAGAUUUAGAGUUAGACUGUGCUCAGCUGUGUAUAUAUGUAUCUGUGUGUGUACAUGCGUGUGUGAGAACUGGGCUCAGAGGGAACACCAGGGGCUCCCAACGUUGAUCCUGUAGAGGCUCAUCCUCAUUGUGUGCUUUCCGUUAGCAUGAAGGCUUGGCAAGGAUAGCACAAGCCAAGUGUCGCUAGCUCUUCGGAAGGGUGCAGGGCUAUGGCUCUGCCUCCUUGGCUUAUUACUUAUCAGAACUGGCCAGCUACACGGGUGCAUUAACCUAUGGACAUGCAGUGCACUGGCCACRUUCCCACGGCCCUCUAAGGAGUGCACAAAGGGAUGGUCCAUCUGA